AUGCCGCUAAAAUUGGACGUAAAACGGAAGCUGCUUGCUCGUUCGGAUCGAGUGAAGUGCGUCGAUCUCCACCCGGUGGAGCCUUGGAUGCUCUGCUCGCUGUACAAUGGAAUCAUUCACGUAUGGAACUAUGAAACCCAGACCAUGUUCAAAAGCUUCGAAACAUGCGGACAGCCGGUGCGGGCUGCGAAAUUCGUCCCGCGUAAAAACUGGGUCCUUGCCGGCUCCGAUGACUUUUUGAUCCGGGUAUACAACUACAAUACUCUUGAGCGAGUACAUCAGUUCGAAGCUCAUAGUGAUUAUAUCCGAUCAAUUGCCGUACACCCGACUCAGCCCUUCGUGCUGACAGCGUCAGACGAUAUGCUCAUCAAACUCUGGAACUGGGACAAAGCCUGGGCUUGCCAACAAGUGUUCGAGAGUCACACGCAUUACGUCAUGCAAGUGGUUUUCAACCCCAAAGACAACAACACGUUUGCUUCGGCAUCGCUCGAUUAUACCGUCAAGGUUUGGCAGCUGGGUUCCAGCGCUCCGAAUUUCACAUUGGACGGUCACGAGAAAGGAGUGAACUGCGUGGACUAUUACCACGGCGGAGACAAACCCUACAUAAUCUCCGGAGGCGACGACCGUCUCGUAAAGAUCUGGGAUUAUCAAAACAAAGCCUGUGUUCAAACCCUAGACGGUCACGCGCAGAACAUCAGCGCAGUGUGUUUCCACCCGGAGCUGCCCGUCAUCCUCUCGGGCUCGGAGGACGGCACGGUGAAAAUUUGGCACGCCAACACGUACCGGCUCGAAAACACUUUGAACUAUGGCCUCGAGAGGGUUUGGACGAUCCAGGCUCUUCCCGGCUCAAACAACGUCGCCGUGGGCUACGACGAAGGAUCGAUUUUAGUGAAAGUCGGACGAGAAGAACCCGCGAUAUCGAUGGAUGCCUCCGGCAAGAUUAUCUGGGCGAAGCAUUCCGAGAUCCAACAAGCCAACCUCAAGGCAAUCAGCGAUGCAGAAGUCAAAGAUGGCGAAAAACUUCCGCUCCAGAUCAAAGAUAUGGGCAGCUGUGAGAUCUAUCCCCAAGCGAUCUCCCACAACCCCAACGGACGUUUUGUCGUGGUGUGCGGCGAUGGGGAGUACAUCAUCUACACGUCCAUGGCUCUCAGGAACAAAUCUUUCGGCUCGGCUCAGGAGUUCGUCUGGGCACAGGACUCGAGUGAGUACGCCGUGCGGGAAAAUUCGUCGAGCGUGAAGAUCUUCAAGAACUUCAAAGAGAAGAAAACUUUCAAACCCGAAUUCGGCGCCGACGGUAUCUUCGGGGGCGUCAUGCUCGGUGUCAAAUCCCCUUCGGGUCUUGCUCUGUUCGAUUGGGAGAAUCUCGACCUGAUCAGACGGAUCGACAUUCAACCGAAGCUCGUGAACUGGAGCGAGAGCAGCAACAUGGUCGCAAUCUGUUCCGACGAGUCGUUCUUCAUUUUGAAGUAUAAUGCCGAGGCCGUAGCUCAAGCCACAGCGGACAGCGUGGGAGAAGACGGGAUCGAGGACGCGUUCGACGUUCUCGGCGAAGUCAGCGAGUGCGUCAAGACCGGUAUCUGGGUUGGAGACUGCUUUAUCUACACAAACAGCGUCAACAGGUUGAAUUACUAUGUCGGAGGCGAAAUCGUCACGAUCGCGCAUCUCGACCGAACAAUGUACGUGCUCGGAUAUCUACCGAAGGAAAGCCGAUUGUACCUUGGGGACAAGGAACUCAACGUCGUAUCGUAUUCACUGCUCCUGUCGGUCAUGGAGUAUCAGACGGCCGUCAUGCGCAGGGACUUCGAUACCGCGGACAGGGUACUUCCGACGAUUCCGAAAGAACAACGUACGCGGGUCGCGCACUUCCUUGAGAAGCAGGGCUUCAAGAAACAAGCCCUCGCAGUCUCGGUCGAUCCCGAGCAUCGGUUCGACCUCGCCUUGCAGCUCGGCGAACUGCAGAUCGCACUUCAGCUCGCCCAGGAAGCGUCUAGUGAACUCAAGUGGAAACAGCUGGCGGAUCUCGCUUUGGCACAGAGCAAAUUCGGAUUAGCGCUGCAAUGUCUACGGAACGCUCAGGACUUCGCCGGCAUGCUCCUCCUUGCGACGGCGGCGGGUGACGCCUCCACCGUUGAGGAGUUGGCGAAAAACGCCUCCCCGGCGGGUAAACACAACAUCGCUUUCUUGUCGCAUUUCCUGCUGGGUGACAUCGAGGCCGCUCUCGGUAUCCUGGAGGAGACGGGCCGCUUGCCCGAAGCGGCCUUCUUCGCUAAAUGUUAUUGCCCCUCACAAGUUUCUAGGAUCGUGGCCACCUGGAAGGAGACCCUGGCCGCGACGAACGCCAAGGCAGCACAGGCCAUCGCGGAUCCCGUUAGUUACGACAACCUUUUCCCCGACUUCCAAGACAGUCUCAAAGCCGAACAGUUCCUCAAGCAGGAGAUCAGCAAACGUCGGAACGCUCCUGCGGCGAUCUAUCCGCAAAUGAAACCGAACCACGAACGGCGACUGAUCGAAGAAGCCGAAGAGUCGGGGCUCCACUUCGACAUCCCGGACUUCGUUGCACCUCCGAAAAUAGAGAAACAAGUCGAGAGAAAUCACGUCGACCGCGUUCCUUCGCCACAUCUAGAUGGAGUGGGCGGAGAGACUGAUGUCCUGCCCCUGGCUGAAGAGCGGAAGCACAGCCUUGUCCGGACGGAAACGCCACCGCCCAUCGCACAGCAGACCCCAACGGAGGCGCCUAGACCGCACCCCGUGGACGAAAUGGAUCUUCUGGAAGCCGAGAUUCAAGAAGAAAUGGAAAAAUUGGAAUUCGGGGAUGCGGAAGAUGAUUUCGACCUUGACGAGAACGAAGAUCUCUGAUUGGGGGAGGCUAAUUUGAUUUGACCUUUCGCGUGAAUGUUCAGUGCGGAUUUCAGAGAGCUUACCGUUUUUUUUCUCUGACUUUCGCGAUAUACAAGGGAAACAUGGAUGAGUAUAGAAAUCGACUUUGCUAUUAUGUUCCGAGAAUGAAAG